GUGCUCGCUCGCUCGCUCGCUCGCUCGCUUCCACCAACUCGUAACAGUUCGGCAAAACCCGUCACAUUCCGCCACCGUUCCACGAAGACCGCUACACUCAUAGACAACAACAGCCAACAAACUCAGUCUGGCACAUGUUUGGCAUUUAAUAAUGGCCGCUUCUCUGUCGAAGGAGUGAAUCUCUCAGCCAGCUGGACCACAAAAGCAAACACACAAAAACUAACAAACUAACAACGAUACACACAUACUUUUGUUGUCUUUUCAUUUUGCCAAUCACUUCACUUCUAGCUCGUAUUAUUAUUACUACUACAAGAGCUCUUGGUAUUACUACUAUUGUUACCAAUACCAUUACCAUUACUAAUAUUAUUAUUAUUAUUAUUUGCUAAAACUACAUUUACUUCUUGCCAUGUGAAUUACCAAAGGAUAUUUUAUAUUUUAUACCACUCCGUUCACUUUGUUUUCUUUACUUAAAAGCUUGUCACAACUUCUCCCUUACAUUUUAAUUUUUUGUCUGCCCCCUCUUUUGGUUUUUAGUCGCUGUUAUUAUUACUUGAUAUAAUAAUAAUAAUUAUUAUAAUAAUAAUUGUAUAGUAAUUUAUUGGCUAAAGUGAUAGCAUCAUUAUUGUUAUCGAUUAGCACACACACACCCUACACACACAUAUACAAAAUUUCCGGCCUUGUGUUUAUAGACCAAAGGAUUAUUAUUAAUAUUGUUAUUAUUGUUAUUAUUAUUAUUAUUAUUAUUAUUAUUAUUAUUGUUGUUUGUCAACGCCGAAACUGGAUUUACACUAUGUCGGAUGAGGAAAAACAGAGUUUUGUGUGAACACAACACACCAACAACAAUAUCAACAACUACAGAAUAUAAAUAUAUAUAUAUGUGAAGAAAGAAACAAAACAGAAUCAAGAACAAAAUAGUAACAACAGAAUUUUGUUUAAAAAAAUGAAGGAAUGUUGUGGAUAAGGAUUAUUGAUCGAUGCAGGCCAAAAAGCGCUACUUUAUAGUGACUACAUUUGGAAUUGCACUUAUUCUCAUAUUUGGAUUUCUCAAGGAUCAUCAUGGCGAUAUCUCCCUGUUACAAGGGAGAGAAAGUGCUAAGGUCCGCUCUUUCAUGGACGAGGACGAUGACAAAUUUGACGAAGAUUUGCACAUAUCGGCUAAACAACGUCGGACACACAAAUCCUCGUUGUUCAACAGACAACAGAUUAAGGGUAAGCCCCAACAACAUAGCAACGCCUUCUUUAAUAAAGACUGUCGGAUGGGAACCUGUUUUAAUUUUAGUCGCUGCAAAGUGCAUGGAUUUCGCGUAUACAUUUACCCCGAACUUGAAAGGGUGUCCAGCACUUACAGCAAAAUUCUUACUGUCAUACGAGAAUCUAGGUACUAUACGCCGGACCCGGCUAAAGCAUGCAUAUUUGUGCUAUCUAUGGACACUUUGGAUCGUGAUGUUUUAAGCCGGGAUUAUGUUAAGGACGUACAAGGGAAACUGAACAAAUUGGAUCUUUGGAAUAAUGGACAGAAUCACAUCAUAUUUAACCUUUAUUCAGGGACUUGGCCCGACUAUGCCGAGGACUUAGGGUUUGAUAUUGGACAGGCGAUGUUGGCCAAGGCUAGUAUAUCGAGGUCCAAUUUUCGAACGGGUUUCGAUGUGUCUAUUCCGUUAUUUGCCAAGGAUCACCCCUUGAAAGGUGGAGAGCCUGGAUAUCUCCAUGUUGCGUCCAACAGCAUCCCGUCGACACGACAGUAUAUUUUAUCUUUUAAAGGGAAACGUUAUGUCAUUGGUAUCGGAUCUGAGACUCGGAAUUCCUUAUAUCAUAUUCAUAAUGGUAGGGACAUCGUACUGUUUACCACAUGUAAACACGGGAAAGACUGGCAGAAUUGGAAAGAUGCACGUUGCGAAAAGGAUAAUGCCGAGUUUGACAGGUAAGUGAAAGAAGAAUUCUACGUUUGCUGAUAUUGGUUACUUCUCGUUUUUUCUCUCUCACCAAACCACAAUACGGAUGGUAUUCAUCACCAAAAACAACAACAACAAAUUCUAGCAAUCAAUGGAGAUUUUUUUACUCUUGUAUUCUGGAUGGUUUUUCUCUAACGAAAAUGAGCAACGACCAAUUAAGUGAUGAUAUAUUGUGGAAAUGAAGAGAAAUACAAAAAUAUAUUUUCAAAAAGAAAUUUAAUGUUUCGGGGGAAGGAUGUUUCAUAAGUGAAAAAGGAGAAUGAGUUACGUUUUAUUUUCUGAUCCUUGCCCCCUUUUAGUGGACAAUGGUAAGUUUUGAAGUUUUAUACUAUGCACUAUGACAAUAUAGUAACUACGGUAUAAUAACUGAAAACUAUCGAUUAUAAUGGGUUUAUUACGAAUAUUUAAUAUUCUUCUACAAUUACUACAUUUACCAGUGUAUUUAAACAUUUAAAAACAUUUUUUUCUUGUAUCCAAAAAUCGCCCUGCGUGUGUGGUUACAGGUGGGUCGUGUUACAGGUGGGUGACCAAAUGUCAUAGGUUAGAGAACCAGGUAAAUGUAAGUCCGUCAGGUGUAGUAAUUGUUACUAGUAAUAAAAUAUUGCAAACGAGCUAAAUUAUCACAGUCUGUUAGCACAAGCUUAUGAAAAAUCGCUCGUUGUACAUUGGCAAUUAUGUGGAGCUUAAUUAAUAACCCUUUAGCGGUCUGAUUACUCUGUCAGUUAUAAUGUUCGUUUAUUCACAUUAAAGCGAAAGUCAUUGUAUUAAGAUAUACUGGAUUAUGAUAACUCAAAGGGUUUAAGGAUUAACCUAGUCUUCUCAUACUGUGAGUGUGUUUGUGUCUGUGAGCUGAGGUCAUGGGCAACUCCAGCAAUCAUGAUGCCCU